AUGUGCGGACGUGCUAACGAUUACAUCAAGCAGGUUUUCAGCUUCUUGGCUUUUUCUACCCAAUCAUUUCCUCUCUAUCUCUCAUUAUCGCGCCUCACCUUCUCUCUCUCUCUCCCUCUCUAUCUAUCUAUCUAUCUAUCUAUCUAUCUAUCUAUCUAUCUCUUUCUUUUCUCACUUCAUAUUUCUGUUAUUUUAAACACUUCUUUUGCCGUUUCUCAAUCUUGCUGUCUCUUGCUAUUCUUUUCGUUUAGUUUUUAUUGUCUCUCUUCUUUUUUGCUCAAUGCUCUUAUAUAUCUCUCUCAUUCUGAUCAGAUCUAUCUAUCGAUUUCAUACUGGGCAGAUGUAACUCAUACAGAUCAGAGCUAUCUAUCGACUUCAUACUGGUCAGAUCUAUCUAUCUAUCUAUCUAUCUAUCUAUCUAUCUAUCUAUCUAUCUAUCAUGCUGCAACAGAAUUUGUUUAUAUUUUAUAUUCAUAA